CAGCCUGGUUGAUCAGGCCCUGAUCCACCAUGAGGCCUGGUCACAGACCAGGUCGCGGGGGCGUUGACCCCCGGAACUCUCUCCAGGUAUACGUAGCAGCAUAUGUGUAGAGAGCCUAGAAUAACCCCCAAAAAGAAGUCAGAGUGACUUAUUUCCAUUGGGAAGGUUAUGAGUGGAAGAGAUAGUGCCAGGGCUUAACCCAGUAGCUAAAACGAUCGUGGCUCUGGAGACUGGUGUAGUGAGGAGGACUAAUAAGGCAAACGGAUUGAGUGAGUGAUAAAAAAUAACUCCAAAGAGAGUUUCCGGAGGGUGUCUUGCCACUGGGAUCUGGUAGUACUGCAUCACUCUGUUAGACAACAAUGGUGAUGCUCUCCAGGUAACAACUUUUGUACAGUCAGCGGGACGAGCAGAAACAUUGAGGUUGGCUAUAUGUCUCCUGAAACAGAAAAACGCUUUUAAGUGUUGGUCAACAUUAAGUAAGCUUAAAUCAAACUAGCUUAGAAUGAAAUGCCCAUGCAUGGUAUCUUGAGGCAAAUACUGUAUUGAGGGGGGCUGUUCACUAUUAAUGUAUGACCAGAGUCUUUAAAUACCUAUUGGUGAACCUGAUUGGUAAGUUAUACAGUAUGGCGAGUGAAAGAGAUGACAUACCUAUUCUCUCCGGGGACUCUGAAACUGAGCAGAACAUAGAGAGUAUAGACGCCAUAGAUAUUGCCAGCUCUUCAUGUCUUGAUGAGCGCAUAAUUGGAGUGGAAGAAAACAGGGAACAAGGAUGCUGCACGAAAGUGAAGAAUGCUUUGCGAGGAAUCACAACAGAGCCGAUAAUUUUUUUGAACGUUCUUGGUUGGACAGUGCAGUCAUCAGUAACAACUAAUUUGUUGCUGUUUAAGGUAUGCAUUGAACAGCAGUAUGACAACAUAACCUGUGCAAACCUGACGGCAUACCCUGAAGAGGAGGAAGUGGUGCAAAAGAUUGUCACAACGAUAAAUAUGUACAUAGACCUGGUGACCAAUAUUCCAGCUGUCUUCUUUGUGCUGUUCCUGGGAUCCUGGAGUGAUAAACAUGGACGGAAAAUUCCUCUCAUGUUUCCUUUAAUUGGAAGUUUUCUUAGCACAGUUAUAUACUUCGUGAGUUCUUGAUAGAUUUUCUGGUUAUAUUUUAGCUUAUUGAAUUAUAUACCUCUAGUAGGUUUAUAUUUGGUGGGUUUGCCUUGUUAGGUAUUCUAACUAAUGGGUUACUGAAAUAUUUUACUAUAGUAUUACUGGGGGUAACUGUAGAAAAUUAUUCCUUUUGUAUGCCUUCACUUUUAACUAUUUAUUUAUUCUCCUGCACUAAUGUGAAAACAACUUGUACAGAAUGUGUUUGUACUGUGGGGUAAAUGCUUCACUAACUCAUGCAAAUGUACUUGUAUGAACCAGAAGUAGACAGGCAUUAAUACGUAUUCAGUCUAACGGAGUGAUUUCCCUUACGCUUUCAUCUGUUUGUUUACAUUCUCGGCAUCUCUCUCGUUUGCUCGUUCUCUCUCUCAUUUAUGAUUGUAUCUAAGGGUAGUUCUU